AUGGCGCCGCCAAGGGCUGACUCUGUAGCAUCGGAAACUUCCCCCAUCCGAACCCGCCGCGAUUCUAUCAACUCGAUCACAACGGGGCAACUUGCCCAUACACUCGAUAAAAUACACACAUCGGCAAGCCAGUGUGAUUCUCUCACUACCUUCAACGACUUUGCGCCGCCGCCGAUAGCCGCACCUACCUCUGAUAACAAAGGAAUAGCAGGCGAUCUCGUUCAUCAAGGCUUUAGCGGUCUUUAUAGCCGAUUGAGGGAAGCUGUGGGUGGUGGAGGUUCUCCAAAAUCGCCUCAAGAAGGAUUCCCAGGAGCCGAGAGAUCAGAGCCGUCUUCGAAACGAACCUCGAUCACUGCGAAUCAUGGCUCGAAAGCCUCCAUUAGCUCGCUGAACCGAGCCGACACUGGUGCCUCUAUGUCCACCUCGUCCUCACAAGUGCUCCCGAACGAUGGAACUUCAGCACAAGUAACCGGUGGCACCAUCGAACCCCGACCGCAAGCUCAGUCAUCCAAACCGUCGAGCAUCAGCCUCAUGUCUAAUAAAACCUCCAACACUACGAGCCGUCAAAGCUUUUCUAAGAAGGCACCUAGCUCUAUUGCCGCUGACCCCACGAUUGCUCCUGUUACAGUACAUAGAGAUCCUAGUAAUACCACUCUACGCACCGAGGACAGUGGUGGUGUCGGGUCGAGUCGGAAGAGCAUCAGCAGCAGGGCUGACUUGCAAGCUCAUCUAACAACAGCUGAAUCCUCAGCCAGUCUGUUUGAUAUGAAGGAUGGCAAACUUCCACCGAGGUCGAAACGUGAGGACACUUCAAGCAUAGACGAGAGCAUUAAGAGCCCGGCGAGCCCUAGAAGCGCCCACCAUCAUCGUACACCCUCAUUACAGACACUGCAGACCCGAAGCCUUCGCAGCCCUUCUGUUACUUCAUCUUUACUGUCACCCGAUAGUGUAAGAAGAAAGCCAGCCGUCAUUGACCGAAUCAGUCGUUCAAAAUCGCCUGGUGGGCAGAAUUCGAGAGAUUCUUCAUUGGACAGGGGUACCGCAGAGCCUAGCCACGUCAGCACUUCUGCCCAUGAUUCAGUAUGCCACGAUUCUUUUUCUCAUAACCCUAAACAACAAAAGAUGGCGUCUGGUGAUUUCAGAAUACCCGGUACUGUAACCAGCAGCGAAGAGGCUUCGGAGCAGGUCAGCGCUCAGCUUAACCGUAUGCGCAAACAAGUUCUGAGUAAGGAGUUCUGGAUGAAAGAUGACACUGUCAAAGAGUGUUUCCUUUGCCAGACACCAUUCAGUGCAUUCCGACGCAAACAUCACUGCCGAACUUGUGGCUGCAUCUUUGAUUCUAAGUGUACUACGGUUAUAUCAGGAGAGAAGUUUGGUGUGCAAGGCUCAUUGCGCGUUUGCAAAAGAUGUCUGGAGGUUAUCACCAGGCGAUUUGACGGCAGCGGCUCAGAUGAUUCUGGGGACGAACAAUCCUUUAUGCCAAGGUUCUUUGGCUCAAACCACGCAAAAUCUCCCAGUAAUGGCAGCCAACCUAGGCCGCGAGAUAAUGAGUCCGGGGUCAUCUCAGAAGGAUCGGAGGACUCGAGGCCUGUGUCAAGGCCUGUAAUAACACCCAUGAUGGCCAUACCAGCAACACGUCGCCUUGGCGAGUCUCGCGCUGCAGCUAUCUUGGAGAUAGAUGCUCCCCAGUUGAGUAGACCUGGUUCAUCACGGUCGCUCAAAUCUCUGAGCGCGAGGCCACACUCAUCCGCGGGUCAUAAGAGACACCAUUCCAAGCAUGCCGGAUUCCUGAAUCGUUUCAAACCUGCACCGCAGGAGACAGCGCCAUUUCGACGUGUCGCUGAUGAUGAGAGUGCUAAGAAGCCAAAGUUCCCAGCUUUCCACGACGAUAACAUCAUCGAUCCGGAGCUGGCUGACUACAUGUCUGAUGAAUCGAGCGAAGACGAACAGAUGAGUCUUUUUGCGACAAUGACAGGCGACUUGCAGCCUGGAAGCCUCGGCGAUGACAAGUCAGAACUCUCGCCUUAUGUCAAUGCUAAUAGGAAAUAUCGUCAUAGGGCUGGCGAAAAGAGCAUUAGCGGCAUGAGCUUCGCAAGCAGAAGUGGUAUUGAUGAGCUGCCGGGCAGCCUUGGGGCAUAUCGACGACCACCAAGGCGACGCAACACUAGCAAUGUUGGCAGUAUGCAUCACUUGCCAUCGCCGCGCCCCAAGUCCGGUGUAUACUCUGGCGUAUACAAGGGGCCAUCCCAGUCAUCUGAAAUGCUCUUUGCGUUGGACACGCCUCAUCACAGUGGGACCCAGAUCACUAGAAGUGAUUCUUUACAGCACAAGAAAGCCCCCAAAGUUGAGCUUAACUCAUCGAGUUUGAGGCAUGUUGAUAAGCUUCUUCAUCAACUGUUGGAUGAUGCUAAGAUCUCAAAUCCACCAGCAUGGCAGAAGGCUUUGGUUCCUAUUCUUUUGCGGGCAACGGACGAUGUGGACCCUGAUGUUGCGAAAGGCGAAGACAUGGAUAUCCGGCAUUAUGUCAAACUGAAAAGGAUUCCGGGAGGCAAGCCUGGCGAUACAGCCUACAUUUCAGGUGUAGUCUUUACUAAGAACUUAGCAUUGAAGAGCAUGCCACGCAGGAUCUCCAAUCCUCGUGUCAUGCUUGUGACAUUCCCCAUCGAGUACCAACGUCACCAACAGCACUUUAUGAGCCUGCAGCCCGUCAUCGAGCAAGAAAAAGAGUUUCUACGUGUUGUGGUCCAACGAAUCACGAAUCUUCGCCCUCAGGUCCUUCUCGUUGAGAAAAGCAUAUCAGGUGUGGCGUUACAAUACCUGUCGGAUGCAAACAUCUCAGUGGCAUACAAUGUUAAGCACACAGUCAUUGAGGCGGUCGCACGAUGUGCCGAAACAGACAUUAUAUCCUCGCUUGAUAUGCUGGCCCUCCCCGUUCAGAUUGGACGAUGCGCAAACUUUGAGGUCAGGACAUUUGUGAACAAUGACUACCCAGGACGCAAAAAAUCAUAUAUCUUUUUAUCAGGUUGCACACCCGAGCUUGGCUGUACAAUUGCGUUGAGGGGCGCUAAUAGCACGGUGCUCUCAAAAGUGAAGCACAUCAUGGAGUUCAUGGUUUAUGUUGUUUACAACCUCAAACUUGAGUCAAGCCUACUGAGGGAUGAGUCUAUCGAGCUCCCGGAAGGUGGCGAUUCCAUGGCAAAUUCUGUGCACCUUCCAACCGACAGUGUUAGGUCUCAGAGUGUCAAUAGCAUUGAUCACUCUAGAGAUGGCCCCUCUGUUGUGGUCAACCACCCAGCAAGCGAAAGUGAACAGCCUUCACAGACUACAGUGGACAGCUCUAGUAUUGCCGAAACUGAUGACAAUGGCUCCCUUGAACAAUCAGGACAAUUGGUCCACGAACGCACUGGCUCGAAAUCUCUCCAGGAGCCUGAACUUGCUCCUGCAGACCAGACUAUUAGUCAAGUUCCAGACGAUGUUCCAAUGCCUACUUACUACAGUGAUAUGGUGGCGAAGUACGAAACCAAAAUUCUGUCCGCUUCGCCGUAUGUCAAGUUUAAGCAACCUUACCUUUUGAUGAAGGCACGUGAGCAGGAGAGGAGAUUGUUGUAUCUACGCAGACUCCGUAAUCACGAUUACUAUGAAGAGAAGGGUGACCCUGAAAAGGCAGAUCCGCCCCGAUUUCAACUUAUCAAACCUGAGAUGGUCGAAGCGAUCGGUCAAAAGGCGCCACAGCAGAUCAUGGAGAUCCUACGCGCUGUUCACGAUGCUGAGUACGACAAGGCCUUGUACAAUUACCAGACCCAAACACGCCAGUGGGAGACAUACAUCCAGGGCAACCUCGACCUUUUCGAUCCAUACUCACAUCAGAACAUCGUCGUUCUUUAUUCCGUCAUCUGCACUGAAACCAAGAUCCCGUGCACUGAGCCGUCUUUGGUAGCCAUCAAUUUCUACGAUGAACAACACAUCGACACCGGCAUGGACCCUGACUGUACUCUGGGACAAUACAUCGAGGAUCUGGCGUACACCAUGAAUCAAGUCUGCACCUCGAAUGGCUGCGAACGCAGGAUGCUCGAACAUCACCGAACCUAUGUGCAUGACGAGUCUCGAAUUACAGUCUUUGUUGAGAACUUGCCAAAUAACUCUUCCAUGGCUGAAUUUGACGGCAUCACGAUGUGGACUUAUUGCAAGAUCUGCAAGAAGGACACCGAAGAAAGAACCAUGUCGGAGGCGACCUUCAAAUAUUCUUUCGGCAAAUACUUGGAGCUCCUCUUUUGGGGACGCGGACUGAAGAUGAAGGACAUGCAUGACUGCCCUCAUGACCACCACCGAGACCAUGUUCGGUAUUUCAGUCUUCAGGAUGCUCGAAUUCGCAUUCACUGGGAUCCUAUCGAUCUGCUUGAGAUCGUUGUACCACGUGCGAGAAUCACUUGGAAGGUGGCAACCGAUCUGAAACUCAAGAACGAGAUCUUUGCCCGAAUGGAAGAGCGAUGGGCCAAGUUCAUGACUUCAGUCAGAGCAAGACUCAUGUGCAUUCGCAUCGACAGUGUGCUGCCCGACAAGGCAGAUCUGUGCAAGUCUGAGGUUGAUCGUUUGACGGCUAAGGCGAAAGAGGACCAACCACUUAUUGUGAAGAGACUGCAAGACAUCUACGUCAACUCAAAGUAUUACGAGGUGGUGCCUUUCAAUAGUAUCGUCCGAGAGAUGCUUGAAAAGGCUGGCGAAUGGGAUCAGGCUUUUGCCAAAUUUGAAUCCGAUUUCCUGAGCGACAAGGAUAUGCGCCAGCUCACAAUUAUGCAACUGAAGAAGAUGUUCACCGACAAUGAGUCGAAGGAAUCCCUCACGUCAAAUGAAGGUACACCAUCAACGGUUGACAGCGAGGAACGACCUUCUCAGACAUUCACGGAAGAGGAAGGGAAGAGCACCCAACCUACCGACUACACCGAUAACACCAGUAUGGAGGCUAGUGUCGCUUCAUCAAAGCCUGUCGAUGAUAAAGAUGUCCCUAUUGAUGACAAAGAUAUCCCCGAUGAAGAUGGCAAAAUCGAGAUUCCUGCAGAGGGUGCUAUUGAACGAGUUGAGCCAUUGGAUCUAGCUUGCACCCCUGCGACACCAGCUAAAGCCCUUCCCGAGUAUUUCCCACCCGCUGAGGCCUCGGAAGACUUCGACGAUCAAGAAACACCUCUUGCUGUUGAUCCUGAGCAAACACCAAAAGCACCUGGAAAGCCUUUCGAUGCAAUUCCAGCCAACUCCGCUGAGCCACUCCCGUCACCUAUGGACGCAUUGCCUUCUCCAGCACCUUCUCUGGGAGAAAGAGUUGAUCAAAUGAGGCGAGAUCAAAACCAAUCCUCGAUACCUACCCCUACUAGCGAGCGUGCACCGAAUCGCAAAUCUGGUCAGGCGACCUCCCCUCCCAUGGUGAGGUCGACUUCUCAUCCUACCCGUGCACUGCCCAGGACACAGUCCGGGAUUGGGAAGAGCCUUGGUGCCAAGGACUCCAAGACAAAGCCUUCUGAGUCUCUGGGACCUGAGUCAACAACAACGGCCGAAGGAUCGAUCAGAGUGGAUAAGAAGCUCUCUGAUCGUCUUGGUUUGAAGAAUCUCAAAGACCGAGGCAAGGCGACUGCUUCAGGAAUCCCGCGAUUCGUCCAUAAGAAGAGAGAGUCCAAGGUUUCAACGCUCGCGAAACAUUUCGAGCAGCUCAGUCGUGAAUUUGAGAAGGAGCGUAUCCGGGACCGUAAGAAGCGUGCCGCAAGUAUGCGCCAACCUCGAGCCAUGCUACCUAGAACCACUACAAAGGCUAUUGUCGAGGUUUAUGACGACGUAAACGAAGCUUUCGAAGAACCAAGUCCUCCCACAGAGAGUGUCGCUGAGCGUGAAGCUAGCAAACGAGCUGGCAGCGUCGCUUCACGAAAGUCCGACUCUCAGCACAGGUCGGAUCCUAUCGCUGAGCCGCUGACACCUGCAGAACCACCUGCGAGCGUGGAAGAACAGCAACAUGACAAUCCAUCUCAGCAGAACGAGGAAUGUGAACAGCAUGAAGAGUGUCAAAGCAAGGGAGAGCAGGAAGACAAUGACGAAAAGAUCGAGAAAACGGAAAAAGAAGAGAACGAUGAGCAUACCAUCGCGAACACUAGCCAGAAUUUCUCGGACGACGAAGAAAGAACCACUGAUCUUGAGCACUCGGUCCCAGAUGAGUAUCUGCACGAUAUCAAGGAGAUCGCAGAUUCAGUAGACGCAAGCGAAAUCCCGUUAGAGCUUCCCAAACAUCAAAAGACGAGCUUGAUGAAGUACCUCACCAACUUUUGGGCUGAGCGAGGUUCAAGCGGCUGGAACCAACUCGAAUACCCUGUCAACCCAAGCGACCACAUCUUUGUUGACUCAGAUAUCAUUGUUCGGGAGGAUGAGCCAAGUUCGGUAAUUGCGCUCGCUCUCAAUAGCGAAGACUACAAGGGCAAGUUGCGCAAUAUUCGCAAAGAAGCGCAAGAAAUUAUGCAACGAGAGGGUGAUAGCAGUGUUGAAGGAGAACCCAAAUCUCUUCCCUCGGAGGGCAUCGACUGGGUGUCUGAAUCAGACCUGGAGAAGAGUUUGCUCCGAGUCACAGGAACCCAUCUCAAGUAUCAGUUCCGAGAAGGCACUGCCACAAUGACCUGCAAGAUCUUCUAUGCAGAACAAUUCGAUGCUCUCAGGAGAAAGUGCGGUGUUGCGGAACGUAUUGUCGAGUCACUCUCGCGAUGCCUAAAGUGGGAUUCCAAGGGUGGCAAGACCAAGUCGGUAUUCCUGAAGACAUUGGAUGAUCGACUGGUGCUGAAGUCUCUUUCUCCCAUCGAGACUUCGGCUUUCUUGCGUUUUGCCCCUGGCUACUUCAACAUCAUGGCGGAGGCUUUGUUCCACGAUUUGCCAUCUGUGAUUGCCAAGAUGCUAGGCUUCUUCCAAGUCUUCAUCAAGAACCCUGUUACAGGAACCGAUAUCAAGCUGGAUCUUCUGAUCACCGAGAACCUUUUCUACGAUCGCACCGCAACAAGAAUUUUCGAUCUCAAGGGUUCCAUGCGUAACCGCAAGAUUCAAUCUACUGGUGAGCAGAAUGAGGUUCUCCUUGAUGAGAACAUGGUCGAGUACAUUUAUGAGUCGCCUCUCUUCGCGAGAGAACAUUCGAAGAAGCUCCUCCGUGCUUCAGUAUGGAAUGACACAUUGUUCUUGGCAAGACAGAACGUGAUGGACUAUUCUCUUAUGAUUGCUGUUGACGAGGCUCGCAAGGAGCUUGUGGUUGGUAUCAUUGAUUGCAUUCGCACAUACACGUGGGACAAGAAGCUUGAAAGUUGGAUCAAGGAUCGUGGAUUUGCAGGCGGUGGUCGCAACCGACCUACUGUCACAAGUCCCAAGGAGUACAAGUCUCGAUUCAGAGAGGCUAUGGCCAGAUAUAUCUUACAGGCGCCCAACUGCUGGCAUCUGUUCAACAAUCCUCAGUACCCGCAUUACUAUGGGCGCGCUAGGUUCGAGGAGCCCGAGAUGCUUCGCUGA